AUGGAGUUCAUGAUGAUAAUGGAAGAGGUCUUACGACAACAUUGGAAACAAAUUCAACAAGUCUUACAGAAAUCAUUUGUGAAUCAAGAUGAUAUCAGUUGCGUAACAUCUCAUUUUCAACAUGCAGUCACUCUGUUAACUAAUGAAGUCGCUAGUCAAGAUCGCCCUGGUCCCAUACUUCUAUACUUUAUAUCGGAAUCCAUACUCGAUACCUUCUUUGUGUGGUCAUUAAGUUGUCCUGAAUAUGCUGUGGAACUUAAAUAUCAUCAAUUACGUUGUUUUGAAUUUCUCCUCAGUCGUUCACAAUUCGAACUGCUCUUUCACAAGCAAAUCUUCAAACCAUUGCUCAAUCUACUUCGAUCGUGUGAAACGUCAUCAUCAUUAGAACUUAUUGAAAAACAUAUGAUCGUUGUGCUUAAUCAAGUGUGCGUCAGUAUUGCAAAAAGUCCUGAACUAUUGGAAUUUUGCUUUGAUAUCAGCACUGACCAUGGCCCGUCACGAUUUGUCAUAUUCUCUCUUCUAAUACCAUUUGUUCAUCGCGAUGGACUUGCAGAUAAACCAUCUGCACAGGGUAUUACUACAGGACAACAGGCUCGUGAUGCUCUGUUACUGAUCAUGCAAUUAUCCCAUCGAAAUGAGCAGAUUGCGAAGUAUAUUGUAGAAAAUACAAAUUUCUGUCCGAUCUUGGCAACAGGCCUAAGCGCAUUGUACUCCGAUUUACCACAUCAGAUCGGAACAAACAAUGACGAAUGGUUCAUCUUAACUAAAAACGAAUGGUCACAAAGUGCGUCGCUAGUGCAAUUCAUGAAUUCAUUGCAAUUCUGUAAUGACGUUAUUCAAAUCGCUCAUCCAAGUAUUGGUCAUCAUCUGUUGCAGUAUAUCUACCAUGGUUUUCUUAUACCCGUUCUCGGGCCGAGUAUUUAUCAAGAUCUUCAUGAGCUACCGGUGAAUUUCUCUGAUUUGCAUCAGUUAUCGAAUACAAUGGAUGAAGUUAUUGCAGCGACAGCAUAUCUCGAUUUAUUCCUACGUACUAUCUAUGAGCCAGCUCUACUGAAAGUAUUCUUGAAAUUUAUACUCUGUGCGAAAAUCGAUGAGAUUGGUUUAUUGGACACGCUAAUACAAAGAAUCAAUGUUACAACCAAGCUUGGAUUAAUUUCGCUUGGAUUGUUUCAUACGUUGAUCAAUUUAAACUGCGAAGAUAUUAUGUAUCGAUUGGUUUUUAUGUAUUUGACCCCGUGUCGACACGUUAUGUGGAGUCAACGAAGGCAUAUAGUCGAUAUGGAAAUUUAUGGCAAGAAUGCGGAACGAUUCCUCUCAUUACAAUCAUCGUUUGUAAAUAAAAAUGACACGACAAAUAGUACUGACCGAACUCAAGCAAUACAAGUACAUUUCGAAGAGAGAGACAAAUCACACGAAAGAUAUGAAUCAACAUUUGCUGCUUAUCUUGAAGAUGCACAUUUCAACAUAGUUCGAUGUCGUGUUGCUUGUCGGUGUUGGUCAGCACCAUACGACGGUGAGACACCAUCUUCAGAUGCAGUUAUCGGAGAAAUCGCUGCAAAUUCCCUCACUACUAGUGUUUCAACACUAAACACAGACAAUGAUAAUUCACAAAAAUCAGAUUAUCUAUCAACAAAUACGGCGAAUCAAAAUCUCGCAUUGCAUCUAGAGAGAAACGUUGCAGCAUCCCAUGAUUCUGGUAUUCAUGAAGAAGGUCUUAUCGAAGUGAAUGCUCAAAUCGAACUAACAUGUAAAGCUUCCAAUAGUUCAUUUCAACUACCUUCCUGGCUUGCAAAUAAUCAACCCAUACCAGAUGAACUACUUGCCAAACGUUCAACUAUAAAAUAUCACUCAUAUUUUCACGAUGACGAUGAUGAUGACGAUGACGACGACGAAAGCGAUGAUUACGAUCGUCCAUCUUCGUUUUAUGCAUUUUCGUUUAUUGAUUUUUCAAAUGAACAAGACGACAUGUGGUCUGUGAAAUCGUUAAAUACAUCUGAUAAUCUUCUACAACAUGAAAUCAAAACAUGUGUUGAAACAUUGAACACCUGUCUAGAUCAAUUCCGUGAAAUGAACGAACAAACUAAUGAAAUCGAUGAAAAUAUUUCGAAUCUACUGAACGAACUGAUCGAUCAAAUAGAAUAUUCUCUCCAAAACGAGUCUUCUCAACAAACAGUCGAUAUUGCGAUUGAUUACGAUUUAUUUAAUGAACUAUUCAACAAAAAACUGACAUUAAAUGAAUUCUUAUCAAUACUUGACCGUCUUACUGAUAUUCGAUCUUCAAAAAAGUCUUCCAAAACAGGUAAAGAAGUUUUAAGUGACCUUCUUCAACUUUCCGAACAAAUCGAACAACACCGAGCGCAAUCAAUCACUGAACCUGGUUCUAAUGCAGAUAAAGACAAACAAUCAUCUCAAUCAACUAAUCUUCCUAAUUCGAUUUUGCCACCGUCGAUCUCAAUGGACGUUUCAUUGUUCAGCCCAAAUGAUUUCUCAAACCUAACGCAAUCGACACUAUUUCCAACUAGUAUUCAACACCAGACAUCAACAAAUGGGAAUAAACCAGCUGACAUCGGUCCGUUCCUACGAACAAUAUUUUCCAAAUUGGAAAAUAUGGUACAAAAUUCUUUAUAUGUCAAUUUACUAUUAACUGGUAUCAUCUCGCGAUUAGCACAUUAUUCCCAACCAUUGUUACGUUCGUUAUUGUUAAAUCAUAGUCUUGUCUUAGAAACCAAUGUGAAAUCACUCUUUCAAAUUCUUUCAAAUCUCAAAUCAAAACUCGAAACAAUUUCUCAAACGUAUAAUAAUUUUGGUCAUCUGGUUCAAUUAGCACAAGAACUGUUAUAUCAAAGAGAGAAUGCAACUAAAGAAUUUUAUGAAACAUCUUCACGAACUCGUUCUCCCUCCCGUACACGAUCGAAAUCAGCCGAUCCGGGCAGAGAGCGAACAUCUACACGAAGUCGUUUGAUGAAUUUUUUCCGAGGACGAAGCCGAGCAGCGGAAAGAAAUGAUACAGACACCCAAGACCAUGAUCAUUCUCAAAUCACAUUCAUUGACCAAACAUCAAUGAAAUUUAUAAAUAUCCGUGAAAAUCACACCCGUAUACCUGUGAAUGAAUGGGAUGAUCCAAAAACACGUAAUGUUGCUUACUGUGCAGUAAUAUUCAAUGAAUUUCUCAAAGAACUUGCUGCUAUCACACUCGAACAUAGUGUACAACAAUUCGAUGAUGAUCUUAUAUUUGAAGAAAUAUCAUCUAAUCCAUUUUUGUUUUAA